UCUAUGUAACCACAGAUCUUCCCGCAGCAAGCGUCCUGAAACAUAAACAAUGAUAUUGGGCCCCGGGUCGUGUUCUUCAUCUUUUAUCUCCAUAUAUACAGCCCAUCCUCGAAACCGUGUCAAUCCCGGCUGGCUACAGAGGAAACGACCUCCGACGCGAUCCGACUGCUCGAACGCGGACAUAGUCCGACGAUGGCUUUUCGCCUCACUGAUCUCAAACUUCGCCGCCGUGGAUCGACCUUGCGCCUUCUUUUUGCUAUUGUAGCAGCCAUCACUCUCUACCUCAUCUUCCUCCCGCACCACGACCUCAUUCGCCCUCUUGCUCAAGAUGACGUCCGUCCGUCUUAUCCUCCCCGCCGCCCCUAUCCUCUCGACCUGCCCCCACAAGAGGUCUACAUGACCUUUCUCUCCUCUGGAGAUAUCCCAGAGUACUUUACAUCCACCUGUGUCCUCCUAUACUCUCUUCGCUACUCUCCAACCACUCGGGACCAGGCAAGACCGUUCUUUGUGCACGUCACAGAACUGACACCGCCAGAAUGGAUUGAGAAACUCUACUCGCUCGGCGCGUCCAUCGUCCAUACCCCACUGGUCCAAGGUCUACCCGAAAGACCGACAGAACGGAGGUAUAAAGAUAUGUACACAAAGCUGGCAAUGUGGAACAUGACGCAGUUCUCGAGGAUACUCUUUCUCGAUGCGGAUCAUAUCGUCUUGAAAUCGCUUGAAGGGAUUUGGGAUGACCCGACGAGUCGAGCUGAGAAUGGGGUUGCAGCGCUGGGAGCUGGGAAUCGGGGGUAUAUGCCAGAGUAUGGUUAUUUCUCGGCAGGGUUCAUGAUGGUGAGGCCGAAUGAGGAUCUGUUCGCGGACAUGCUGGGCACGAGAGAGUUCAAUCCCCAGUGGAGAGAGCAGGCGCUACUCAACAAAUACUUUGUCCACUCUGGCCGACGCCCAUGGGGCAGACUAGACGGACAGUACCAAAGGAUUCAACCCACAUACGAGCACGUGGAAGACGGCAUUCACGCUUUUCAUGAGAAAGUUUGGGAAGAAGGAAUAGAUGAGCGGAUACGAGCGCUCUGGUUCGAGACGCUGGAAGAGGCGGAACAGUUUUUCGAAGAGAAUGCGGGGAUGGAGGUGGAAUCUUGGGAGCUUAUAAUACGGUAGCAGAGGGGUAACCAACGCGACCGUCUUCUGCAUAGAUCUUAUCGACGAUGCCCAACAACGCAGGCGCAACGGAGG